GAGAGAGAGAGAGAGAGAGAGAGAGAGAGAGAGAGAGAGAGGAGAGAGAGAGAGAGAGAGUGAGAGAAGCCAUGCAGAGAGUGAGGCAGCCCAGCGACGAUGCUUGAUGAACUGAACCGCUGACCACCAGAAAAGGCUUUCUUCCACUCUGACCGAGUCCCAGAGACAUCAAGGAAUCCGACAGGAAAAGUCCCGAGGGAAGACAUUCGACUAAUCGUCCCAACUGACGUGGAGAGCUCAAGAGCUAAAAAAAAAUAGAUAGAAAAGAGUUAAGAGACGAGGAGAAAGAGGGGGAGUUCCACAGAUGAGAGUUAAAGCCGAGAGGCAGAACAUAGAUGCUCAGAGUGACCAGAUAGAGAAAAGUGAGACGAGUGACAGGAUCGCAACAGGUGUGUCUGCGGGGACUGCUCAAAGAAAGGGCGACACGCCAGGGUCACCCCUGGAACAAAGAGCUGACGCCAGCAGAAAACAGGGAGGUACAGACAGAAGUUAGAGGGACAUAGCUAAAAGAGAGAUUUAAAAAAGAAAAAGGAUGGCCAACUCAGGUCUCCAGUUGUUGGGUUACUUCCUGGCAUUGGGUGGCUGGAUCGGCAUCAUCUCCACCACCGCCUUGCCCCAGUGGAAGCAGUCGUCGUAUGCCGGCGACGCCAUCAUCACCGCCGUGGGUCUGUACGAGGGUCUGUGGAUGAGCUGCGCCUCGCAGAGCACAGGACAGGUGCAGUGCAAGAUCUUUGACUCCAUGCUCUCGCUGGACAUCCACAUCCAGACUUGUCGAGCCCUCAUGGUGGUGUCCGUGCUGCUGGGCUUCAUCGGCAUCAUCGUCAGCGUGGUGGGCAUGAAGUGCACCAAGGUGGGGGACAACAACCCGGUCACCAAGACCCGCAUCGCUGUGAUCGGAGGAGCUCUCUUCCUGCUCGCGGGUCUAUGUACACUGGUGUCCGUGUCCUGGUAUGCCACUCAGGUGUCCUAUCUGUUCUUCAACCCAAACACACCGCCCAACGCCAGGUAUGAGUUCGGCUCGGCCCUGUUCGUGGGCUGGGCGGCGGCCAGUCUGACGGUCCUGGGCGGCUCCUUGCUGUGCUGCUCCUGCUCUAAAGAGGAGAUGCGAGGGCAGCAGUAUUACCGCCAAUCACAGCCUUCCACAACCAGGGAGGCAGAGUUGUUGAGUGAAACUAGUUUCCCCGACUGAUCAGCCCCCCGCCCUUUUAUCGAGGACUGUCCCGACUGUCCAACGUCUGUCUUCCCCCCUUUUUUCCCCUCCCCCCCGUUUUUCUCUUUGACCCUAAAUUUGGACCUCUUGCAGUAGAAUACUCCCCUUUCUUCAUUACUACAUCUGCACCUUAGUGGGAACCAAGAUGCAUUAUCUUCUCCCAUUUUUGUCCCCUACCUUCUGAGCCUUUUCUGUAAAUAUGGACUCCUAAAGGACGAUGAUUAAGACCUUCUAUUUAAGAAAUGAGGUGGCCUCCUCCGUUUCCAUGUGAGCCCUCUACUACACCUCCCACGCCCUCCUUUGUCUUACUGUUGGCCAAACGUUAACAAUGAGUUGAAACCGUUUUUGUUUUGCGCUGAUUUAUUAUAAUUUCUCUUAUAUCCUAUGACCUCUGGGUGUUUUUGGUAAUAUGUGUCUUUUGAGUUUACUUUUGUGCGCUGUAACUGUGCCUUGACUGAAACGUGUUCUUUUUCCCUUUUGAAUUGCAGACCAAAUGUUAAAAGUACCCCACCAGAGAAAAGGGAGCAGUACUUGUAGUUUGGGAGAGUCUUCUGGCCUUACCAUGGUUUAGAUUCUGUCUACAGACAAAACCCUCUCCCCGAGGACUUCAAAACAGACACACAGACAAAAAAGAAUUUAUCAACGGCAAGCACAUUGCAGCAACAUAAAUUAGAGUCUUUGUUGUAAAAGAAAGAAAAAAUAAAUUUUUGGGAGUUUUUAGAAUUUUUUUUAGAUAUCCUGGUUUGUCUGUUUUGCUGACUCUGGGAGAGACAGUCAUUCAGGGUAUGUUGUCUAUAACAUGUUAAAAUGCCCGGGUGUAUAUACCACCUACCCUAUUCCUCUUUUUUUUUUUUUUUACUACAUAUAUAAUGUUUUACUACAGUGCCUUAUAACACAUGUUUGAGCACACGUUUGUUUCUGACUUCAUGGAUUCUUCAUAGUCUCCCGUCCCAUCUUGAAGGACGUGGGUGUCCAUAGUUCCCCCUGCCAGCAGUUCUGUGUGCCUUUAAAAAAAAAUCUAUUGUCGGACUUCUGGAAAUGACUGUGAAGCUACUCUGCAGUACCACUUAUGAAACAACAAAGACAUACGUACGAUAGAUCUGAAGCAUAGUGCCUUGUGUGCCACUGUUUGUAUUAAAACUGUGUGCCUGUUUCCUUGUAGCCUGGAUUGAGGAUAUACCCAGUGCGUUCAUUUAGUUUCAUUAAGUGCCAAUAUGAUUUUGUGUGAAUGCCAUGACAGAGUCGUUGCCUUAUGGACUCUAAAGGAUGUACUGUACUGUGUGUUGUCUCCUGUACUAAGGAACGCACGUUGGCUGAGCGUUCAAGCCUGCAUUUAUUUACCACGCCAUUCAUUUCUCUAAUAUUUACCCCCCUCAAUGUUGUGUAUCAUCUCAUUUACGGUAUACCCCUGUCUGUUACUUUUAGAAUAAAGCAAACAGAGAUGAAAAAACCAAGA